GCGGCAGCCCGGCGCGCGAUUGGCGGGGCGCCGCGCCCCCCCCGCCGCCGGCCUUGCGCAUGCGCUGCGCGCCGCCGGGCCGUGUCCCCGGUGCGUGUGUAUGCGUGUGUCACCCGCCCGCAGCGCGGAGGCCGCGCCAGCGCUCUCGGCCGCCGCUGACUGGGGACCGGGCACCUCGGAGCCCCCGCCGCCGCCAGCGGGCAGGGUAAGCGGCCUCGGGGCCAGCGCAGGGCGGCGCGCCGCCCGGGACACUCCGCCCGGCAGCGGCCCCGGCCCCGGUACGGCCUGACCCCGCCGCCCCGCCGGGGAGCGAGUGAAGGGAGGAGGCGGCAGCCCGCUGCCUGCGGCCGGCCUCCGCACCCCCGCGCAGCGCCGCCCGGCGCCGGAGGAGGCGGCCGCGGCCCGGGAUGGAGUGAGGGAGGAGGAGGCCGCCGCCGCCAGCAGACACUUCCGCGUUGCGGGAGGCCGCGCCGGGCCCGCGGGAGGCUCCCGCCGCUCCGGCCAGCGCCCGGCCCCGAGGCGGGCGGCGCGGCCCGGCCCCCCUAUGUGAGGCGGCGCGGCCGGGCGGGGAGCGAGGCGAGGCGCCGGUGCCGGCCGGCCGGCGGGUGUACCCGUGUCUCUGCGCGGCGCCGGGUCUCCAUGGCGCCGGCAGCGCCCUGAGGAGGAGGAGGGCGGCGGCGGCGGCGGAUUCCCUAGGCCGCGUCCUCGUCCUCGGCCGUGAGUGAGCUCGAUGCCGAGCACCUCGGACGCGGCGGCCGGCGGGAGCGGGGGAAGCCGGGGCUGGGGGAGCGGCGGCGGCAGCAGCUCGGCGGUGGAGGCGGCGGCCGAGAAGAAGCGGCUGCAUCACCGGAGACGGAAGCGUUUCGCGGCCCAACCGCAGCCUCCCCCCCCCCCGCCGCCGGCCCCUCACCCGCUACUCUUCCCGCUCCUGCAGCCGCCCCUCCUGCAGCCCCCGCUCUUGCAGCCGCCGCUGCCGCCGCAGUCCCUGCUCUUUCUGGCGGCUACCGGCGCCUCCUCCUGCUGCGGGGAGGGCGGGGAGCGGAAGCGGCCGCGGGGCAAGCGGCGCUCGGGCUCCCGGCACAAGCGGCGGCGGGGCCGUGGGGGCGGCGGAGGCGGCGGUGGCGGCGGGACCCAGGAGGCGGAGAAGCGGCGCGGUAGUGGGGGGCUGAGCACACUGGUGGAGGAGUACGACGACGUGAGCUCCCAGUCCGAAGGGCUGGUGGGCGGCGGCGGGGCGGCCGGCGGCGGCGGGGCGGGCAGCGGCGGGGGGAGCCCGGCCUCCUCCUCGGGCGGUGGCGGCGGGACCCAGCGGCAGAGGAGCGAGGCGGAGCGGAGCGGCCGGUCCCGCCGGGAGCACCGCAGCAGCAGCGGCCGCUCCAAGGAGCGGCACCGGGAGCACCGCCGGCGGGGGGAGGAGAAGGCGCAGCAGGAGGGGGCGUCGGCGGGCCGCGGGGGAGCCGAGGCCGCCUCCUCCUCCAAGUCCCGCAGUCGCCACAAUCACAGCGGCGGCCAGGACCGGGAGGGACUCAAGAGCAGCGGCGGCGGCAGCGACGGCCGCAGGAAGGGCUCCCUCGCCUCGCCCAGCAGCGGCAGGAAAGAGCGGGAGAGCAAAGCCCACCGGAGCCGGACUAAAGCGGCCAAGGAGCCGCCGUCGGCUUACAAGGACCCACCGAAGGCCUACCGAGACGACAAGCCCGAGCCCAAGGCUUACCGGCGGCAGCGCUCGUCCCCCAGCCCCGGCCGGGACGACAGCCCCCCGCUGCACCGCUCCUCGCAGGGCCAGCGGAGCCGCAAGUCACUCAGCCCGGUGGGCGGCCGCUCCCCCCUCAGCCCCUACAGCCGCCGCCGCUCCCCCAGCUACAGCCGGCACAGCUCCUACGAGCGCGGCGGGGAUGUGUCGCCCAGCCCCUACAGCAGUUGGCGCCGGUCGCGGAGCCCCUACAGCCCCGUUAUCCGGAGAUCAGCAAAAUCUCGAAGCAGAAGUCCGUAUUCAUCAAGGCACUCGAGGUCUCGUAGCAGACACAGAUUGUCUAGAUCUAGAAGUCGUCAUUCAAGUAUUUCUCCUAGUACAUUGACUCUGAAGAGCAGCCUGGCUGCUGAGCUGAACAAAAACAAAAAAGCAAGAGCUGCUGAGGCAGCCAAAGCCAGUGCAAAAGCUUCCAAUACUUCAACGCCUACUAAGGGAAGCACUGACGCUGCUGUAAGUGCACCUCAAGUGAACAAUGUAAAGGACCUGAAGAAAAUAAAAACUGAGCAUACACCUUCUCCUACAGGCAGUGCAAUUGUGAAAAAUGACAAGGCAAAAGCAAAGGUCUCACUUCCUGAAACAAAAGGGGAAAAUAAUUUAAUUGCAGACAAAAUUAGUAAACAGAAACCCGCAGCAGUAAAAGACAAUAAAUUAGCUGCUGUAAAACAGCCACCGGUCACUGUAAAAGAGAAAAGCAAACCAAGUACACCAAGUGUAGUAACCAAGGAGAAGGACCGAAUUGUUGCACUACCAACCUCCACGCUGCCACCCUUGCCUUUGCCUCCUACGCUGCCUGAAGAUAAAGAAACUGAUAGUUUGCGAGAGAAUCUUUCUGUGAAGUCAGUUAAAGAAGCAGAGAAGAAACUUCGCCAUCUGCUUGCAGACUUGCCACUUCCACCUGAGUUGCCUGGAGGAGCUGAGUUAUCCAAAAGCCCUGAAGAAAAGAAACCAGCAGUUCAGUUACACAGCAAGAAAAGACCAAAAAUAUGUGGACCACGACACGGUGAAACAAAAGAAAAAGAAAUAGACUGGGGAAAGCGCUGUGUGGAUAAAUUUGAUAUCAUUGGUAUUAUUGGUGAAGGCACUUACGGACAAGUUUACAAAGCAAGAGAUAAAGACACAGGGGAAAUGGUGGCACUAAAGAAAGUACGACUGGACAAUGAAAAGGAAGGGUUUCCAAUUACAGCUAUUCGGGAGAUUAAGAUUCUUCGACAGCUUAAUCACCAAAGCAUUAUCAACAUGAAGGAAAUAGUGACAGAUAAGGAAGAUGCUUUAGACUUCAAGAAGGACAAAGGUGCAUUUUACCUGGUAUUUGAAUAUAUGGACCAUGACUUGAUGGGACUGUUGGAAUCUGGUUUGGUUCAUUUUAAUGAAAAUCAUAUUAAAUCUUUUAUGAGACAGCUGAUGGAGGGCUUGGCCUAUUGUCAUAAGAAGAACUUUUUGCACAGAGAUAUCAAAUGUUCAAAUAUUCUACUAAAUAACAGAGGGCAGAUAAAGCUUGCAGAUUUUGGGCUUGCUCGGCUGUACAACUCUGAAGAAAGCCGACCAUAUACCAACAAAGUUAUUACAUUAUGGUAUCGGCCUCCUGAACUUCUGCUUGGAGAAGAAAGAUACACGCCAGCUAUUGAUGUCUGGAGCUGUGGCUGCAUCCUGGGUGAACUUUUUACAAAAAAGCCAAUAUUUCAAGCAAAUCAAGAACUUGCUCAACUGGAACUUAUAAGCCGAAUUUGUGGAAGUCCUUGUCCAGCAGUGUGGCCUGAUGUUAUAAAGUUAGCUUAUUUCAACACAAUGAAACCAAAGAAGCAGUAUCGUCGAAAACUGAGAGAAGAGUUUGCUUUCAUCCCACCAGCUGCAUUAGAUUUAUUCGACUAUAUGCUUGCUCUGGAUCCCAGCAAGCGCUGCACAGCCGAACAAGCUCUUCAGUGUGAGUUUCUGAGAGAUGUGGAACCAUCUAAAAUGCCUCCUCCAGACCUUCCUUUGUGGCAGGAUUGCCAUGAGCUGUGGAGUAAGAAACGCAGAAGACAGAAGCAGAUGGGCAUGACUGAUGACUCAACAGCAUCUAAAGUCCCUAGGAAGGAUCUGUCUCUAGGCAUGGAUGAGAGCAGAACCAACACCCCACAAGGCAUGCAAACUUCUUCCCAACUCAAAACUCAGGGCAACUCUAGUGUAGCACUUGCAAAAACAAGCACUGGACAGCAGUUAAACCAGAAUGAAGUGGCAAUCCUGCUAAACCUGCUACAGUCUAAAACAAGUGUUAGUUUGGCACAGUUUGCCCAAGUGUUGAAUAUUAAGGUAAACCCAGAGACUCAGCAGCAACUAAAUAAAAUAAAUCUUCCUGCUGGAAUUUUGUCAGCAGGUGAAAAACAGUCAGAACAGCAGCAGCAGCCGCCGCCGCCUCCGCCACCACCGCCAGAACAGGAGCCUCUAAAACAGCCGGCCGUCGCGCAGCCUCCUGUACCACCUGCUCAGCUGAGUCAGCCUAAAGUUGAGACUGAUGCUGCCCAGGCAGCUGUACAGAGUGCAUUUGCUGUUCUGUUGUCUCAGUUAAUAAAGGCUCAGCAAACAAAACAAAAAGAUUUUGUGUUGGAGGAGAAGGAAAAUGGAUCAGGAAAUGAAAUGUCAUUACAACUCAGGCAGCCUCCAGAGCCCACCACUCCUGUGCCCGUCAGCCGGGACGAUGUUGAGUCUCCUGCACCUGGCUACCCCCAUCUGAUCAAGUCAUUAUAUACAUCUGCAGGUCAAGAGGAUUUGGUUAGGCCGUCCGAGAUGAGGCUUCUAAACCGAACACCCGAACAAGAACGCCCUCGGAUCUUGCCUCCAGACCAGCGUCCCCCAGAGCCGCCAGAGCCUCCGCCUCUCACUGAUGAAGACCUUGAUUAUCGGACAGAGAACCAGCAUUUGCCUAUAACUAACUCUUCAGGAACAGAUCCUCACGCAGGAGUGAAAGCAGCUCUUCUGCAGCUGCUUGCUCAGCAUCAAGCUCAGGCGACAACGGAGGAGCCAGUACAGACAAGCGUGGAUUAUCAGGCUAGAGACUCCUAUGUAACAGGCCCAGACUACAAGGAUAGCUUUGGGUCAUCUUCCUUCUCAUCUGCCCAUUAUGGCAGUAGCGAUGGAAUAGGAAGCGGAUCAUCAGGAGCAUUAGAAAGGAGGAGCUUCCUUGGAAACUCAGAUAUUCAGUCUUUGGAUAACUACAGUACUGCUUCAUCUCACUCUGGUGGUGCCCCUCCUCCUCCGCUGGCCUUUUCAGAAUCCUUUCCCAGCUCAGUAACUGGUUAUGGAGACAUUUACCUCAACACUGGCCCCAUGCUGUUUAGUGGAGAUAAAGACCAUAGGUUUGAAUACAGCCACGGCCCGAUCCCGGUGCUGGGGAGCAGCGGUGACGCUUCUGCAGGGCCAGAGAGCACGCACUCUUUGCCCGCAAAGAUGCACAACUAUAGCUACGGAAGUAACUUACAGGAAAACCCCAGUGGCAUCAGCCACAUGCAUGGACAGACUUGGACUUCUCCUGCCCAAGGACCCGGAUAUUCCCAAGGAUACAGGGGACACAUUAGCACAUCUGCAGUGAGAGGGCGAGGCAGAGGAUUACCAUAUUGAGUAUCUGUUUUUCCUCAGGCACAUCAUUUUUAUCUGGAAAAACUUUUUUUUUCCCUAGCUGCAGUUUAAAGCAGCAAUUCAACAGACUUGAAUAAUGUUAAUUCAACAGCUUUAUUUUUAUGUGGAAAAGGGUCUUGCAUACAGUAGGAAAAAUUAAAAAUGCUUAAAACUCAUGCUGUCUGAAAACUAGAUAAAUUGAUUGUACAUGUUCACAAACUCUAGUUCUGAAUUUUAUUUUGUAUUUUGGCGGUUUUAAGUGGAUGCUAAAUUUAGGGACAUCAGCUUUUUAUGGCACUCUUUCAGAUCUUCUGAACUAUGCACAUUUGUGCUUUUUUUGUAAGUUUGGACCAACUUUUAUGUAAAAAAAAUUUUACAACAAUCAAAGCAGGGCACUGAUUUAUUUGGUAUUUUUCUUUUUACAGAACUACCUUUAGUCAAAGGUCACUGUCAGUCUUUGCACUGCUUUCAGUGUUAUUGUGGAAGGUGUACUUUGUGCUCAUUUCAGAUAAUAAAACACAACCUUUCUCUUGAUGCAAAAUUUUAUAAAUAUUUGGUCAAUGUUAUUUUUUUUUCUUUCAAGAAAAAAAAAAAAAGAAUGGAUGUUCUGGUAAAAUGUUCUCUCCAUCUCCCAGGCUUGUUUAUAUAAAAACUGUUUUACUUGAAUGGUAAGUGCCUUAACAUGUAAGCUUAAGGUCUGCAAAAAUUUGGAAGUACUUUAUAAAUCGAUAUGAGAAUACCUAAACCUAGGUAGUUAACAUGAAAAUUCAGAUAAUAAUAGGCAACUCAAAUAGGUCAUCACCUUGUGCUGUUUACUUCAGGUGGGCCAGUUAUUUAGAGACCUGAUCUUAUCUUGAUGAAUUCAGUUUUCCAAAUUGAACUUCAUGAGAAACGUUGAAAGUGAGGAGAAGAAUGAAGAGUGUAGUUUUUCUUCAGCUCCCUCUCGGAGUUGUAGUAAGUGUUUUAGUUCCUCUGCCAAAUAAACUAUACUUUAUAUGUCCUUAGCAAGUAAUGAAAUAGUUUUUUCUCUUAAAUGUCAACAGCAGGAAUGACUUGACUUUGUGUGAAAAGCUGACACUGUCGCCUUUUACCACAAAUACUGCAUUAUAGGAAGUAACCAAAGGAAAAAUGACCAGUAUUUAAAGCAGCAGCAAAACGUUUGACACUAGUUGUAAUCCUCUGUAAACUUGUGAUUGUGCCAAUUAAUUGAUUUCAUAUCUGCUAUUCCACAGAACAUUUUAAUACUGGAGUCAAGUCUCUCUGAACAACAGAUAAAAUGACUGUAGUUACAACUCUUACCAAGAGCCACUCCUCAUAUUAAUUACAACUUCCAGCAUGCUUUUUUUUCCUUUGACAACAAGUGGUCUCUCUCCUGCAGAGACGAGGUAUGGUUAUAUUUUGCAUGUACGUAAAAGAAUGUUUUAAAGCCCAUAUUGGAAACAAUUUUCCAACUGAUUAUCCAGUUGACAAAUCGGUACCUUAUGUAACUAAGUGUUUAAUUAUUACUUUUUAAAAAGUAAAAUUUCUACUUACACUAUAACAAACGUAGUCUCGUCAGUGACUUUUUGGAUUUUCAGAAUAGAAGCCAAAGUUCUUGGUGUUUUGUUUUGUUUUAGUUGAAAAUCCUGGUUCGUAUAUGGCUAACUACCACACUGUAGAGCAUGGAGGAUCUCACUUCGCUAACUACGUAGUGUUUGAGGAUCUGGCAAAUGAGAAAUGGAGUGUCGUACGAUGUCCCUGUAAGUCUGGCAGUUGCCUUCACUAGACACAGUAGAAAAUCCUGCGAUCUGCAAAUAAAAGCGUUCUGGUCAGAAACGAAUGCUUACGACCUGAAUAGCCUGUGCUUAAGAAAAAAAAAGCUUCAUGUGUGAAUGACAGUGCAUUGGAUAGUUUUCCUUGAGUAAGGACACCCCUGUAGCAUUUCUGCUAGUGAAAUUUUAAAGGCAAAAAUGAUUAGUGUCUUUUAGAUACGGACAGUGUCAGCUAAGGCUUUUUGUUUACUAAUCUUAAAAAAAACAACCCCCCAGUGUUACACACAUUGCUGUUUUUUCAGAGUCAAGCAAAAGACUUUCAAAGCUCUUAGUUGCUUUCGCUAACAAUGUGCAGUCUGGUGUUACUCUCCUGCAUGCACUUCAAAUGCAACUGCAGGUGAUAGUUGGCUAAAAAAGCAGGUAAGUUCAAAUGGAAGGUAGAUCUCGGAGGACUAAAUGGUUUGACUUCCAACACAGAAAGACAAGGAAGACAUUGUGUCUUCUACUGCUUCUCUUUGGAAGUAAAUUUUCAAGUCAUUUAGUUCACCUCAUUUAAUGCAGAGAAGUCAGUCCCUUCUGCAUGUGUAAAUGACAGUGCAGUUUCCUUACAGGCUGGCAGUACUCUGAGGCUGCAUCAUUCAGUCUUCAGCCAUGAAAAAAAAAAAAACAAACAGCAGGAAUAAUCCUGACUAUGAGGAGAGAAGGAGGUGCAAUAGACAGUUGGCUUCCAGGUGCGCAGUGACUUUUCCCCAGAUUCGUUUUAAGGAUUACUAGCCUGUGACUUUGAAUACUGUAUUUGCCUGGGACAGCAGUGUUGGGGUAAUUUGGAGGGAAAGUUAACGUGUUUCCAUAUAUGAUAACUCUGAAGAGUUUUCCUUCUCUGCCACCCAGCAGAUCUUCUCAGCUCUUUCACUGACAGCCUUCGCUCUGGGGCAGGUAGAGGCUGUGUGUGGGUAAGGAGCUCUGCCCUCCCUCUGCAGGGCAGCCCUUGGGGUGUGUGGCAGGAGGAUUCCUCCCCGCGCCGCGCUCCCCUGGCCACGGAGCUGGGUCUGGGCAGGUUAGCAGCCAGGGAACUGGCCAGAUGUAAGGUCUGUAGGUCCACAUUCAUUUGUACCGAACCUGUGUAUUACCCGUCCAAAUUUCCUUUGAAUUAAACCACAUGACGAGGUGCUUAUGUCAGUUCAGAAUUUUACCCUUUUGAACAAAUUUCGCUUGGCAGAGUCUGUACUAGUAUGACCUUUUACAUCAUGUGCAUUUUUGAUGCAGUGGUAGAGAUUCUGAUAACCGCAUUAUUUUUCUGUGGAGCCGUGGCUUUUGUUACUUCCCCCUGCAUUCCUUUGGGUUUACAUUUUCUGUGCUGCAAUUCCAAAAUGUGCUACAGAGACCUGGACACUACAUCGAAAAGUAAGUGUUGUGUGUUUGCGUUUCUAAAUAAACAUAGGAAAAUACUGUAAUCAUGGACUACCAAGUAGCAAGUACUCCGUUAUUUAUAUGAAGUGGUCUUUAGCCAUACCAAGAGGAAGAAAGUGAGCACGACUGGACACUACGGCCAUGACUUAAAAUGCUUAAAUUAUAAUAAUACUUAAAAUCAGCCAAAGGAAAAGGAAGCAGCUUUUAUCAUGGGGAUCGCUAGUUCUCUUGAACAGAAGGAGCAGCGUUAGGGAAGAGGUGUAAAAAUACAUGUAUCCUUAAAUGUUAAUAUAAUUUCGUGGAAAAAUAAUUUUUAAAUGGCAAACUUCUGUAUUUUCUUAUGUUUCCAUAAAAUGUGGUCUGUGCUAAAUUUUCUCCGUACCACAGUCGCGUGAGGUGCUUUCUCGAAGCAGAGGCAAUAAGUGCUGAAAUGUGAGUUCUUACGGUUUUGAGUGCUCUUCUCCUUUUGCUUGGUGCAGGAGGCAGUUUCAGUUUUAGUGACGUUUACAGUUGGGCGAGUUGAAUAGAUAAUUGUGCAGUAAAAACUGAAGUACUGAAAUAACAUAGGAUACCUCUUGUCUGCGGGCAAAUUGGAUCUCAGACCAUGAAUUCUGAUUCCAAGAGAGAAAACGCUCAGAUGUAUUUCUUGCAUUAUUCUUUUUGUUAAUAAAACACGGAAGUGUUCUACAGACAACAUUUCUCCAGUCUAUUCUGUUGCACUGUUUUUUACAUGGGGAAAUUCUGGCUAUUUCCCAUCUUGAUAGUUUUGGGGUGUUCCGUAUACGCGGAAGUGUGUCAUGAAAUUAAGGAGUCACCAGUAAACUGAUUGGAAGCCUGUAUUUAAAAAUGAAAUGACCUUGGGUUUAAAAAUGAACUAACUUUUGCUUAUCAGGGUGAAGAAUACUUUAUUGCAGGAGUUAUUUCAAGACAACCUAAUUUAAAAUAAUCAAACUGUUAUGCUUCAGCUUGCUUACUCUUUGUUAUUUUAAGCCAUUUGUAUAUAAAAUGUAUUGUGCGGCCUGUAAAUAAAAUACAUGAAAAUUUGAA